AGUGGUUUGUGGUGAAUAGCUUUGUCCGCUGCUUCUAACAGUCCAUGAAUGCACCAUACGUCAUCCCGGCGUUUCGGUGAUAUUGAGAGGUCAUACAUCUUCAAAUAACAGACGUACAGACCCAGUGCUCAAGGAGAGUCAAAAUGUCUGGAGAUCUGUCCCUCAACAUAAACAUCAAGGAGCCACGAUGGGACCAGGGCACCUUCAUGGGACGUGCCAAGCACUUCUUCAUGGUCACAGAUCCCAGGAAUGUCCUGCUGUCCUCUGAGACCCUGGAGGAGGCCAGGGUGACUGUGGAGAACUACAGAGCUGGUAUUGUGAGACCUGGUUUGACGGAGGAUGAGCUCUGGAGAGCCAAAUACAUCUAUGAUUCCGCCUUCCACCCUGACACUGGGGAGAAGAUGUUUGUGAUUGGCCGGAUGUCUGCUCAGGUGCCAAUGAACAUGUCCAUCACAGGCUGCAUGCUCACUUUCUACAGGACUACUCCGGCAGUGGUGUUCUGGCAGUGGGUUAACCAGUCGUUCAACGCUGUUGUCAACUACACCAACCGCAGUGGAGAUGCACCCAUCACUGUGAAUCAGCUUGGUGCAGCCUAUGUUAGUGCUACUACUGGAGCCGUUGUCACUGCCCUGAGCCUCAAGUCUCUAGCUGUGCGCCUCCCCCCGAUUGUCAGCAGGUUUGUCCCCUUCGCUGCUGUUGCCGCUGCUAAUUGCAUCAACAUUCCCUUCAUGAGACAGAGAGAAUUAAAGUACGGCAUCCCUGUGACAGAUGAGAAUGGAAACCGGUUAGGAGAGUCUGCCAAUGCUGCCAAACAGGCCAUCGUGCAGGUGGUGGUAUCCAGGAUCGGCAUGGCAGUGCCAGCGAUGGCCAUUCCCCCGGUUAUAAUGAAUGCUUUGGAGAAACGAGCCUUCAUGAAACGGUUUCCUAUCCUAAAUGCUCCUGUUCAAGUGGGACUUGUUGGCCUGUGCCUGGUGUUUGCAACCCCUCUGUGUUGCGCACUCUUUCCACAAAAAAGCUCAAUGAGAGUAACUAGUCUGGAAGAAGAUCUCCAGGAGAAGAUAAAACAAAUCAGUCCUCACACCACCACCGUCUACUUUAACAAGGGCCUGUAGAACCAGCCACCACGUAAACAUGUCUGUUGUCCUGUGGGCACAGUUACAGUAGGUGAGCGAGAAUGAAUAUAUUUAUGCUUUUUUUUGUAUGUACUGCAGCAUUUUUUUUAUUUGGCCAUGUUCUGUCUUUCCCCAGACUGCACUCUUCAGAAAACAAAAAUGACUCCUAUUUUUUAUAUUUUUAUUGUUUUGUGGUGUUUUUAGUGUCUUCCUCAGCCCAUUAGGAAGGGGUUAAUGUAGUUUAACAACUACUGUUAAAUGUAAGAGCUCCAGUUUAAAGUGCAGACAUUUGCUUGUAAGGUGUGUGUUUGUGAGUGUGUAAUUGCUUUGAAUGUGACCUAUAGAUACAGUACAUACUGUAUAUAUUCACCUUGUGUCCAUCCUUUUUUUUAGUUAUUGUUAGAAUAUUGUUUUGAAAAGUAUUUUAUCAAUUGCACACAGACCAUUGUAUGUUAAAUCUUUCACAUUGUACUAGUUCCGUUACAAUAUAUAGAUAAAAUAUAAAAGCUGUUUGGUAAUUAGCUCUAAAUAGUUGUCUUUUGCUGUUUUCUGUUGAGCAGCGUGACUCCUUACUCCCUUCAACACUCCUUUAAGUGUACUUAUGUCUCUUUGUAGGCCAGGAAAAGAGGUGCUAGGUACAGAUGAAGAAGAACAUAUUAAGAGAUAUGAUGUAAAAUUAUCCUGUAAAGGCUCGCAAAGCACAGCAUAGAGUACAUGAUCAACACUAACGCCGGUGUUGUCUCUGCCAACACAAGUCUAUGUUUCAAGGCCUCUUUUAUUUGCUAUCACUCUGUGAGCUAAUAGGCCCACGUCUUUAGCAGCAUGUUAUGUUCUUUGAUUGUUGCACACAGUUUUGUUUGUUUGAAGUAGAGAGGGAAGUUCUGCGUUGACGCUAAGAGUAUGAUGAAUGCAGUUUGAACUGAAAGACUGAACAGGAGGUUGGACAGAUUUAAAACAGCUUGAUUGUUAAGCAAAGUCGACUAAUUAAGUCAGAGACAUGGUUUUAUGUGCAUUAGCUAUAUUUCCAUCUAUAAACGGCUAUUAAGUUCCCAUUUUACCAAAUGAAGCGUGUACAAAGUCAGCCUAAUACAUGCUUAUACACAGGUCGGGCGUUUUUUCUGCUUUUGUUAAAAUGGAAGUUUAAGCCGCAUUUGAGCGUUUCUGAUCAAAUUAUGCAUUGACUAAGCUGUAGUAUAACUACAUAACCAUGGUAAUGAUGGUGCAUGCAGGGAAAUAUGACUUUAAUGUAUCUCAGAGACACAUGAUUGAAAUCAGAGAUUGACGCUCUUGUUCAAAGGUGUGGCUCUGCUAGUGAGUGAUGAGUUUUUUAUGCAUAGAAAAACUGACAAACGCUAGUGAUGACAUAAUAUUAAUGACAUAUUACUGCAAUCUCGUGCUUUAGGGCAAAUGAGAUUUCAGAUUAGAUAAAUGGUAAAAGGUCUUGAACUUGUAUAGCAUAAAUGUGUUUCUCCAUAUGUAGUAACUUGAUGCAUAGAAGGAAAUUUAUCUGAUUCGAUGUCUGUUUCCUGUUUGAAAAGUCCUCGUAACUAAUAGUAAGAUUGUAUCAGCCAUGUUUAUGUUCAUACCAGAGCUGUGUUUAAAGUUGACUGAUUGUAGAUGAAGUGUAGCAACCGCACAACUAAUGUAUCUAUAUAAUGCAACUCUAAUCGGACACACAAGGACACACUGUACAGUAUAAUGAUUUAUGAAUGAUGUUUGUGAUCCCAUCAUUCUUGUUGCAACCUGAUAAUCACACGAUCACAUGCACUGCAGGACAGUGUUUCAUAUUCAUCAUAUCUACUAUAUUUGUACUGAUCUACGAAUGUCCUUUUACACCACACAGUAGCUACAUCCUCAAAACAAUGUUUUGUGUGUUGCAGUCCUUGUUACUGUGUUCCUGUUGAGGCUAAUACUGCACUUACUCCUGUCUACUACUUAAUACUGCUGUCGGAGGUGUGUGUUAUUUAAAAGCAGCUUUUACAUGUUUAUUGAAAUUAGUAUCACCCCUCUCCCCCUCUGCAAUUUGGUAAAUGAAUGUUUCUUGUCUGACAGCUUUCAAUGCUAAUAACCAAGUGGCUCCAGUUUUGCUUCUGCUUUUCACUUUUUUUGUAUUGCGGCACAUGUGUCAAGAACAAAUGCGGAGGGUUUUAGUGAGGAGCUCAUGUUUCUCAUGACUCCAUCGUACCACCAUAUGCACCCUACACCCAGCCAAAGAUGACGUGGGUCUGAAUUGUACAGGAAAGAGGAGAAUGUGUGUAGCUUUCAAACUUUCCUUUCAGCUUUAGUACACAAAACUUUAACUGGUUUUUCUCAUGCAAAAAGGCAUAAGGUUUUACAGAGAAGGGGAUCAACAUGUUCAAGACCACAAAACAAAUGUUUAAGAUUGUAAAAAAAAAAUCCCCCCAGGCAUUUUUUAUUUUAUAAAUUUGGUUGUGAAUUGAAGGCACAAUGUAAAGACAAUCUUUGUUAUUAUUAUUUCCAGUACCUUUAAAGUUAAAUACAGUUCCUGUCAGUAUCAGUGCACAGUGUUCUCCCCCUAUUUUUUGUAUCGUAACAUGUUUUCAUGGAUGUAAAAUGUAUUUUAUUCAGAGCAAUAAAAUGAAAUGAAACAGA